CCCUCAUUCGAUGAGUUAAGGCCUUAAGGGUCAGCUCUCAGUCACCCUGCUUGGAUCCUCACAAUCGUUUACUAGAGGACGAUUGAAGUGCACCGGAGCUUCUUCUUCAUCAUUUGCAUUCGCCGACGAUCACAAAACUCACGAUCCGACACCGAGUCAUAAUCGUCGUUGUCCGGCGACCGCGAAUCCGAAGACGAUUCUUCUUCCUCGAGGAAGCUGUGGACUGACAAGGCGAGACGUCGUCACCGGAUUGCUCAUUCCCGCUGCUGACGUAGCUCUCCUGUCCGACGAGCCGAGCCUUGACCCUUGUCGUUCGGCGGGUAAGGCUCUCUCUGGAAUUGUGAAGACAAAUUUGGGGUUCGGUGGAUAAGAGAAGAUUUUGGUAAAGCGAUGAGUUCCUUAGCAGUAGGCACUAAGCCUCAUGUUGUCUGCAUUCCUUUGCCAUUUCAGAGCCAUAUAAAGGCAAUGCUUCAGUUUGCUCAACUCCUCCACCACAGAGGUUUUCAUAUAACCUUUGUCAAUACAGACUUCAACCACAAGCGCUUUCUUAAAUCCCUUGGACCCAACUCUCUUGAUCGCUUUCCUGAUUUUCGGUUUGAAACUAUUCCGGAUGGCCUCCCAAGUUCAGAGGAAAAGGAGUUCCAAGACAUCCCUUUGCUUUGUGAUUCCCUCAGAAGAAAUUGCUUGGCUCCGUUCCGUAAUCUCCUCAACAAACUGAAUGGCAAUAUGAAUCUUCCGGUGACUAGCAUUGUCUCGGAUGGCUUCCUGACAUUCACCAUCACAGUUGCCAAAGAACUUGGAAUUCCUAUAGCGCAGUUCUUUACUUUGGCCGCAGUUGGAUUCAUGAGCUUCAAAAUAUUUCCCACUUUGGUGGAAAAAGGAUUUGCACCCCUUAAAGAUGAGAGCUGUAUAACAAAUGAAUUAUUGGACACGUUAAUAGACUGGGUUCCGGGAGUGAAAGAUAUCCGUAUAAGGGAUCUCUCAGGCUCCUGGAGAACCACAAACCCUGAUGACAUCUCGUUUAACUUCGCCUUAGAAGCAGUGGAGGGAGCUCAUAAAGCUUCGGCAGUUAUUGUUCAUACUUUUGAGGCCUUGGAGCCAGAUGUUUUGGAAGCUCUAUCCAGCACUACAUCUAUGCUUCCACCUGUUUACGCCAUUGGCCCUCUCCAAUUACUUCUCAAUCAGAUACCGGAACACCCUUUGAAGUCUGUUGGAUACAGUUUACGGAAAGAAGAAACCGAGUGCCUCCAUUGGCUAAAUGGUAAGAUACCAAACUCAGUUGUGUAUGUGAAUUUUGGGAGUGUAGUGGUCAUGACACCUCAACAUCUCAUUGAGUUUGCUUGGGGACUUGCAAAUAGCAAGCUUCCAUUCUUGUGGGUUAUUAGACCUGAUUUGGUUGCUGGUAAAUCUGCAAUUUUGCCACCUGAGUUUGUAGCUGAAACAAAGGAAAGAGGUCUAACAGCAAGUUGGUGUCCCCAAGACCAAGUGCUCAACCAUCCAUCAAUUGGUGGAUUUUUAACACACAGCGGUUGGAAUUCAACCAUGGAGAGUAUUUCUGCUGGAGUUCCAAUGCUCUGUUGGCCAUUAAUUGGUGACCAGCGGAUCAACUGUCGCUAUACUUGCUAUGAGUGGGGUAUUGGCAUGGAGAUCGGUAAUGAUGUGAAGAGAGACGAAGUACAGAAACUCAUUGAAGAGUUAAUGGUAGGAGAGAAGGCUAAGAAACUGAAAAAUAAAGUCAUGGAGUGGAAGAUACUAGCAAAAGAGGCCACCGCUCCACUUGGUUCAUCAACCAUAACAUUAGACAAUUUAGUUAAGCAAGUGCUAUUAAGCAAAGAUUAGACGUUAUUCAUAUGGCAAUCUUAAUUAAGUUUUUGUGGAUGUUAUUGGUUGCCUUGGUAAGUAACUUCAUGUAGUAUAGGCAUAUACUGCUUAGCGGCCAAACUCUCAACUCUCUUUAACCAUCUUUAAUAUCAUUUGCUAUAAGAUUUAUGUUGAUCUCAAUUUUCAGUUUCUUUUGCUUUGUUUUUUGAUUUUGCUCAAAGGAUGGUAUACGGCUUUGGCAGGACGAUGAACAAACUGGUAUAUCUGAAGAUAUAUUAUUAAUUGCAAUCUUUCAUCUCCAUGUACUAUGCAUUUGGAUUGUAAUAAAACUGGUUAAUGGCUUUCUAAUUGGCUGAUUAACGGAAGAUCUUGUGGUUUCUUCAUCAA